GCACAAGCCAGCAACGAUGGUGGCCACGUACUGGUGGCCACGUGGUUCCGCAAUGCAGAAGGAAAGCCCGCUGGUGGCCACGGUACUGUACGACGUCUGCUACGAUUGGGCCAAAGAUGUGGCCGCGGUUUUGGAUGCAUCGGCCGAGCAGAAUCCUCUCUGGGUCUACGAUUGGGCGCGCGCUCUUCGUUGGGCACGACCGUGCUACCAGGGUGCUACCAGGGACACGGGGGAAGCAGCGAAGAAAGCGCCAGAAUGGUCGAAGCAGGCUGAGCCUUGCUGAACGCUGCCGACUAUGCCAGGAGAAUGGGAGCGGGAAGGCGGUGGCUGCGCGAAUAGAAAUGCGGCAAACGGUUCCCGAGUGA